CCCAGUCCCUGGGUCCCCUUUUCUCUGCGCGGUCUGGGGACACCCAGAGCCUGCUGGUCCUUCUGUCAGCAGGAUGAAGAAGAAAGCGUCCAGGAAGCAGGGUGUCCAUUUGCCACUUGAUCUGGAGCAAGGAUCAGCCCACCUCCCUAGGGGAUCCCUGCAGAAUGGGGUGCACUGUGCUACUGCCCAAGAGUGGCAGCAAGAGGAGAAGGACAACCCCAUCUGCAUCCCCUGCUCCCAUACCUCCUCUCUGGACUCCAGGGGCAACUAUUUCCGAGAUCGGAAAACCAAGAUUGACUUUGUGCUUGUGUGGGAAGAGAAGCUGUGGCUCCCUGAGAGGGGGGCCCUGGCGGGGCUCACCAGGACUGAGUGGCAGAGGCUCCAGCAUCACAGAUGGUGGCAGAAAUUCCAAAGGAACCUUCAGGCAGCUGGGCUGCUCCUGGAGGAGGAGGAGACCCCUGGGGAGCAGAGGGCAGUGCAUUACCUGAAGUUGAAUGCCCCUUGGGAGGUGCUGAUUUACUUCGCGGAGGACCUGUGCAUGAGGGCACCCUUGCAGGUCCAGCCCAACCCGGACACCGAUGGCUCAGCUGAGAUCCUGCGUCAGCUCCGCCUCCCCAACCCCUUGCAACAACACGUACCCAACAAGCCCCUGGACUUCUAUACCUGUGCCUUCCGCAGGUCCAAGCUCAGCAAGUUUCUAGGCAGCGAUUCUCCAGAUUCCUACUUCUCCAACACCCAGAGACAUCGUGUGGUGGCAGAGAUCCUAGCACGCACAAUGUACGGGAAGCGGAAACAUACGGAGAUGGGUAUUGCCCGCCUGCUGGCCGAGGGGGUCUACACUGCUGCCUUCCCAUUGCAUGAGGGCCCCUUUGAGCUGCCUGGGUAUCACGUGCCUGGCGCAGACUUGAACCCUCGGCAGUUUCUGUAUGCCUACUGGGCACGCUGGUGCUGUUGGCACAAGUACCAGCCUCUAGACCACAUACGCGAGCAUUUUGGGGAGAAGGUGGCUAUCUACUUUGCCUGGCUAGGCUUCUACACCGCCUGGCUACUGCCUGCUGCCAUUGUGGGCACCAACACCCCUGUGGAGGAGAUUUGUACCAGCGGGGGCACCCUCAUCAUGUGCCCACUCUGUGCUAUCUCGGAGAUCUGUCCCAUGGCCAAGCUGGGCUACCUCUUUGACAAUCCAGGGACCGUCUUCUUCAGCAUCUUCAUGUCCUUCUGGGCCAUGGCCUUCCUGGAGCACUGGAGGCGGAAGAAUGCCACUCUGGCCCACCACUGGGACUGUGCAGACUUCCAGGAGGAGGAGGAACGUCCCCGCCCAGAGUUUGCAGCUAUGGCACCUCAGAUGGCUCAGAACCCUGUAACUGGACUAAAAGAACCUUACUUCCCCUCUAGGGCCCGCCUCUCCCGCAUGGUCACUGGAUCCAUGGCCAUCCUCAUCAUGCUGUGUGUGGUGAUGAUCUUCCUGGUAUCCGUCAUCAUGUACCGCGGCAUUGUCAGUAUUGUGAUGUUCCAUACAGGCAACCCUGUGCUCAUGACCCAGGCUGGCAACAUUGCCAACAUCAGCAGUACCUUCCUCAACCUGGUGCUGAUUCUCCUGAUGGGAAAGGUGUACACCUCGCUAGCGGAGCAGCUCACCAAAUGGGAGAUGCACCGGACACAGACCCUUCAUGAAGAUGCCUUCACUUUUAAAGUCUUCGUCUUCCAGUUCAUCAAUUUCUACUCCUCCCCCUUUUAUGUGGCCUUUUUCAAAGGCAGGCUUGUGGGCUACCCUGGACAAUAUGGCAUACUGCUGGGCAUGAGGAAUGAGGAUUGUAGACCUGGUGGCUGCCUCAUUGAAUUAGCUCAACAGUUGUUCAUCAUCAUGGUGGGCAAACAGCUGGCCAACAAUGUGGAGGAAUUUGUCUUGCCGAAGAUAAAAGCUUGGUGGCAGAAGCGGCAACUGGCAAGCCUGUGGGGAGCCCAAAUGGGGCAUGACCCGCGACGCUGGGAGGAUGACUAUGAACUCAUCGAGUGUGAAGGACUGUUUGAGGAGUACCUGGAGAUGGUGCUACAGUUUGGCUUCAUCACCAUCUUCGUGGCUGCCUUCCCCCUGGCACCUCUCUUUGCACUAUUGAACAACUGGGUGGAGAUCCGCCUGGACGCCCACAAGUUUGUGUGUGAGUAUCGGCGGCCUGUGGCCGAGCGGGCCCAGGGCAUCGGCGUCUGGUUGCUCAUCCUGGAGACCAUGGCCCAUCUGUCGGUCAUUAUCAACGCCUUCCUCAUUGCCUUCACCUCGGACUUCCUGCCCCGUCUCCUAUACCAGUAUGAGCACCACACUCAUCUGCAGGGUUAUGUGAACUUCACCCUGGCUCAGGCACCCCGUGCCUACCUGGCCCAGGGCAACCACACCCCCUGCAGGUACAAGGCCUUCCGGGAUGAAACUGGGGAUUUUACCCUCUUCUAUUGGAAAUUGCUGGCUGUGAGAUUGGGUUUCAUCCUGGCAUUUGAGCACGUCGUGUUUUUCUUCCUUCGGCUUAUAGCCUGGCUGGUGCCUGAUGUGCCUGCAGACCUGGCAUUGCAGGUGAAGCGAGAGCGCUACCUGGCCAAGCAGGCUCUGGCUGACAACCAAGAUGUCCUGUUUUCGCAGGGUACCUGUUCCCUAGGCCCCCAGAAGAGAGUCCACUGAGAUCGAAGGAGCCAAAGCCCCAGGAGGGCAUCUGACACCAUUGACCUCAGGCAGAGAUGUCAGAGCAUGUGCAAAGUGCUAAAAGAAGUCUCUGGAACCAUCUUCUGGGUUCUCCGAUCUUUCCUCAUCCCCUAACCCUUCUGAUGAUCUUUAUAUCUAAAUUUUUUAUCUUCUCCCCAAUUAUUAGGCAAUUAAUAAAAGUUAGUUGUAUGAAUGAAUGAGUGAAUGAGUGAAUGAAUGAGUUAAUGAAUGAAUGAGUGAAUGAGAGUGAAUGAGUGAGUGAGUGAGUGAGUGAAUGAAUGACCAAGUAAAAGAAUGAAUGGAUGGCCUGUGUCCCAGUGGCUUUUGAGAAUGGGGGUUCCCAGAUUUUAGAGCUUUUCUGAAUUCCUAGAGUUGGAAGUUAUCUUGGCCCCCCAUCUCACCAUGUCCCCCCACCUCCUUCCCCUUUCUAGGUCCUGCCAAGGAGCUCAAGGGAGCCCUUGUGCCCUCUCCCCUCAGCCCAGCAUGCCUUUUCUUCUCUCCUGGCAUGUGCCGCUCUCUGGACAGAGCUACCAAUAAAUAGCAACUGUGAGCUGGAUCGUGGGACUUCUGUGAUGGGGAGAAGUGAAGAAGAGGAGGAGGAGGAGGCAGUGUGGGCAUUUGGGUCCCUUCCUUAAUUUGGAGUGG